CGGCUCUCUCUCCCGUCCAGAUCGCGCUCAAAACCGCUCGGACCCGGAGCCAUGAUGAAGAGGAGGUUGCUGCUGGUGUCCAACUCCACUCUGCACGGCGGGGGGUACCUGGACCACUGCCAGCAGCACAUUCAGCACUUUUUCGGAAAGCAGGUGCAGAGGAUCCUCUUCGUCCCGUACGCGUUGCACGACCGAGACUCUUAUGCCAAGCUGGUCCGUGACAAGUUCCGAAGUUUGGGCUAUGAAGUGGACAGUAUACACGAGGCUGCCGACCCCCUGCAGGCGGUGAGGAAGGCGCAGGGGAUCUUUAUAGGGGGCGGCAAUACGUUCCGUUUGCUGAAAACGCUGUACGACCAUAACUUGAUGUCAGAGAUCAAGAGGCGUGUGUUGGUGGAGGGGCUUCCUUACAUGGGCUCCAGUGCAGGAACAAACGUGUCCACUGUGAGCAUCCACACCACCAACGACAUGCCCAUCGUUUACCCUCCGACACUGGCUGCCAUUGGGCUGCUUCCAUUUAAUAUCAAUCCCCACUACUUGGAUCCUGACCCCAACAGCAAGCAUAUGGGGGAGACUCGAGAGCAGCGCAUUGUUCAGUAUCACGAGGAGCCGGACACACCCCGCGUGCUGGGCCUAAGAGAGGGGUCCAUGCUGCUGGUGGAAGGGGAGAAGGCCACACUGUUGGGCAGCACCGGUGCACGCCUCUUCACCAGAGGACAAGCGCCUGCGGAAUACACACCGGGGAGUGACCUCAGCUUCCUACUGACCGAACAAAAGUGAGCCGAAAUCGCACACCAAGUUGUCAGUUUACGUGCAUAACUGAUACAACGCAGACAAAAUAACGUGCCGGGUUGCAGCCCUUGCUUUGGCACUUCCGUUAAAGUUUUUGGCAAACCUUAUUAAAUGCAGUCAUUUCAUUUUGCAUUUCCUAAAUGUUUCAAUAAAGGCUAGUCCAGUGCAGAGUCGUGGUGGUUCAGAGCCUGCUGCUGAAGCAUAGGGUGCAACAGUACGCUCUGGAAUGGACACCAGUCCAUCACAGCACAUGCACACACACGGUUACUCAGUUACAUUAAGGGCAAUGGAGAGUCAGCACAUCACCUGAAACCCAAGUUUUGUACUGUUGGAGGGAACUUCACAUGGAGUGGGCCAGAUUUGAACCCACAUCUGAACACAGCGCAGGAGCUUUGU